GAAACAUAUUCUAUAUCCAGAUAGUGUAAAGAUAACAAGAGAAGAUCGAAGUGUUUUUGCAAUUUGUUAUUGGGGACCAUUUUAGAAAAAUCCAAAUUCGUCCAUUAAAUGGACAACAACCAUUUGCUUGACUCCAAGAAUGAUAGCUAACAAAUGGGCACAUGUAUUUAUUCAUGCCUUUAUUUUUUAAUUGAGAAAUGGAAGAAAAAGAAAUCGGGUUUCUUGCUUGAGACAAAGAACUGACCAAAAGUGUCGGUGAAUUAGCACUAACCCAUGAUUAGUUUGCCGAUGUAUAUGAUUGUGGUAGUUAAGGUUGCGUGGCAUUUAUGUUCUCGAUGAGUCCAGCAAACCUGUUUUAUUAAACAAAUCCCAACCAUAAUGCAUUAAAUUAACAAUAAGGAAAAGAGAGGAAGCCGAUGAAAAGAGGCAAGAUAUAUUUGUGUGGUCUGUAUGAGCAUACAUUGACGUCUUUACAUAUUGUAUGAUUUUCUAGUCUUGUUGAGACAAAAGGUAAGAGAUGGGGGCUGCUGAUGAGGAGGAGCCGAUACAGGGGUCCACUGGAGGUGAGGAGAAAAUUCUUGUUUCAGUUCGGCUGAGGCCCUUGAAUGAGAAGGAAACUGCAAGGAAUGAUGCAUCAGAUUGGGAAUGCAUCAACGAUAACACCCUCAUUUAUAGGAAUAACCUUUCAGUUGCUGAGAGUUCCAUGUACCCAACUGUCUACACAUUUGACAGAGUAUUUAGGCCUGAUUCCUCCACAAGGCAGGUGUACGACGUAGGAGCCAAGGAAGUUGCACUUUCAGUUGUCAAUGGUAUAAACUCAAGUAUAUUUGCAUAUGGACAAACAAGUAGUGGAAAGACAUACACCAUGGGUGGAAUUACCGAGUACACUGUAGCAGAUAUAUAUGAUUAUAUAAACAAGCACAAGAAAAGGGAAUUUAUUUUGAAGUUCUCUGCCAUGGAAAUUUACAAUGAAUCGGUCCGAGACCUCCUUAGUAUGGAUACAACUCCUCUUCGACUUCUAGACGACCCAGAGAGAGGAACCAUUGUCGAGAGACUGACAGAGGAAACUCUAAGGGACUGGAAUCAUUUCAAAGAACUUCUAUCUAUCUGUGAAGCACAGAGACAAAUAGGGGAGACUUCCAUGAAUGAAACAAGCUCCAGAUCUCAUCAAAUUCUGAGACUGACAAUUGAAAGUUCUGCACUUGAGUAUUUAGGCAAUGACAAGUCAAGCAUCCUUGCAGCUACCGUGAAUUUUGUUGAUCUAGCAGGAAGUGAGCGUGCAUCUCAGUCUUUGUCAGCUGGCAUGAGGUUAAAAGAAGGCUGCCAUAUAAAUCGCAGUUUACUGACAUUGGGGACUGUUAUCCGUAAGCUAAGCAAAGGAAGACAUGGACAUGUUCCUUUCAGAGAUUCAAAGCUGACUCGCAUAUUACAGUCUUCCUUAGGAGGCAAUGCUAGGACUGCCAUCAUCUGUACUAUAAGCCCUGCACGAACCCAUGUUGAGCAAUCUAGAAACACCCUCCUGUUUGCAAGUUGUGCUAAAGAAGUGACAACCGAUGCACGUGUCAAUGUUGUUGUGUCUGAUAAAGCAAUGGUAAAGCAACUGCAAAGAGAAUUAGCUAGAUUGGAGAGUGAGUUGAGAAGUAAAGGAUCUAACUCCGGCAUAUCAGAUUCCACAGAAUUACUUAGAGAAAAAGAUCUUCAGAUUGAAAAGCUAAGGAAAGAGGUUUUGAAACUGAAUCAGCAACUAGAACUUGUUAAUUCCCAGGUUGAGAAUCUACUACGAGUGGCUGAAGAUGAUGGAUCUUCAACAAUAUCAGCAGAUACAGAUCAUCAUUACCCAAAAUUGAGAGUGCGAAGUUCAUUUAAAUCUGAAAAUUCAGUAUCAUAUUCACUUGCUUCAGAGGAUCCUCGCUUCCUAGAUAUUGGCAUCAGGUCUUUUGAUGCGUCUCAGUGCUCUGCUGUAGACAAUAGUAGCAAUUCUGAUGAGAACUUCAUCCAACUUGUAGACUUUGAAGAGAAUUUUGUUCAAACUCCAGAACUGUCAAUUUGUACUUCUAAUCUUGUUGAUGAUGGUCUACAUGUGGAGGACAGAAAGGAACUGACUCAUGAAAAUCCAGGCAAUUUCGUCAAGGAAGUUCAAUGCAUCACAAUGGAUGAGUCAAGCGCAAACAGAUAUGAAAAUUCACAAAUAUCAGAGACUAGCCCGCAGAGAUACACAGAAUCUAAUGUUUCAUCUCCUAAUAUAAACACAGGCACCUCAGGAUUGACAGAGGCUGAGAAUGAAGAUAGACAAGAUCAAGAAUUAGAGUCACCCCAAUUGAAGGAAGAGAAAGAGCUGAAUUGCUUGCUUUCUAAUUUUAUAGUACCAUCACCAGAAAAACCAUCUCCAUGGUUGGUGGAAGAAGGCAUGUCUAGGACUAGAAGUGUGAAGAUGAUCAGGAGUAGAAGUUGUAGAGCAAGACUCAUGAGUAUGCCGGCAUGUUUGUUUGAGAAGGUAGAAUGGAAUGACAGCACACCAUCUAUGAGGUUUGAGAAAGAUUUAAUUGGAAGAUAUGAGGGUUCUCGAAGAAAAUUUUUUGCAAUGAAGCAGGGCCAUGAUGCUGAAGAGUUAUCAAGAAAUGGCUCAUCGACUUCUGUGCGUAGUCCUGCUGUUGAUGAUCAUCAAUUGCAGAAUAUUGAAAAUUCAAUUGGUUGGAGGAGUACUGCCAGUGUCAGUAACUCAGAUGGGGGAAUAAAGUACUUGAUUGAUCAUCCGGAACAAGAAACAAAAUCAGAAGCCAUUGAAUCGACAAAGAAUGUAAAAGAUGUUGGGUUGGAUCCAAUCCAAGAUGACUUAGAUAGUGCUGUGAAGUGGGCUUCAGAAUUUAAGAGGCUCCAAGGGGAGAUUAUUGAACUUUGGCAUACUUGCAGUGUCUCAUUGAUUCACAGGACCUACUUCUUCCUGCUGUUUAAGGGUGAUCCAACAGAUUCUUUCUACAUGGAGAUCGAGCUCAGGAAGCUGUCCUUCCUCAAGAACACAUUUUCCCGGGGUAAUGAAACUCUGGUUGAUGGAAGAAGUCUAAGUCUCACUUCAAGCAAGAGGGCUUUGAAUCAAGAAAGGCAGAUGCUGUGUAGGCAAAUGCAGAAGAGGCUCUGUAGAGAAGAGAGAGAGAACAUUUUCCUGAAGUGGGGUAUUUCAUUGAGUUCAAGCAAUAGAAGGAUGCAGUUGGUCCACAACCUGUGGACUAAGACAACAGAUACGGACCAUAUUACCGAGAGUGCCACUCUUGUUGCAAAAUUGAUUGGUUUUGAAGGGCAAGAGCAAACGUUGAAGGAAAUGUAUGGGCUUCUCAAUUUUACACCGCAGCACCUAAGGAGAGGGAAAUCUUCUAUUUGGAGACGCACUGUGUUGUCUAUUUUGUAAGUUUUUUGUGGAGUAACAUAGAGUAAAAGUAUCAUAGCUAAUCGAUGAUUCAGACAGCACCAAUACACUGAUAAAUGUUCGAGUUAAAGGUAUUUUUCAUGAGAAUUUUCUCAUUCUAACUGUAAUUGUUCGUGAGAGAGCCUGUAAAUCGGUUCAUGGUAGAAAUGGUGUUAUUGCAAGGCUGAUGUUUCCAUUU